AUGGCGUCGACGGAUACAGAUGAUAAUAAUAAUAAGAGCACUGAUGGAACGCCUGACGAUGACAAAAAGGAAGAGGCCGUAGCGUCCAUCGUGACUAGCGCCGCCAAGCCGAGUGCAACCACCAAAAAGAGCGAGGAGAAGAAGAGCAAGGACAAUGACUCGAAGAAGGACGCAGAAGAUGCGAAAGCGGCAGUGGACGAAGACGCUGACGAUGACGUUCCCAUCAAGGCUUUAAAGAAGCGUAAGCGAGGCCCCAACAAGAAGAAAGGAGACGAAGGUAGUGGUCCAGCCAGGAAGAAGUGGAAACCGCCGAAACGCAAACCCAAAACUGGAGAUGACGAGGGCAAGAAGAGUCCUGCCAAGGACGCCCCCAAAAAGCCACCGAGUAAAAAGCCACCGGCCAAAAAGCCACCAAAGAAACCCAAAAAGGAAAUUACUCCCAAAUCCGAUGGCCGCAAGGGCAACAAGGGCGCCGCCAAGCGCGAAUCCUACAGCGUUGCCUUCAAGGCCAAAAUGGUCAAGGACUACGAAGCCUGGGAGGCUGAGCGCAACAAGGACGACACUGGCAAGAACAAAGCGUCCGUUCGAGAAUUUGUGCAAACCAAGAAUUUGGGACAGAAAUUCGAAAAGUUUCUCUCGUCGUGUGGAUGGCGAGAUCCCAAAACACGUCUACGCAUCCUCGACGAUGCCGCUCGCACGGAAUACCAACACAUGGCUCGCAUGCCCGAUCGUACCAAAAACAAAUCCUACUACGCCGAAAUGGAAGAAGCACUUGAAAAGCGUCUCGAAGAACGACGGGCGCAAAAUUUGACCGUCUCCACCCAGACCAUUCGAGAUCUCGCCCGGGAAGAAUUGAAACGAUUGACCAACAAUGACCCCGAGAAAGUCAAUGCCUUUAAAGCCAGCAAUGGAUGGGUAUUCAACUUUUUGAGACGCACCAAACGCAAGGCGCGAGAUAAACACAUGGCACUGCAACAGCAGCAAAAGAAUUCCAGAAAGCAAAAGGAGCAACAGCAACAAAACAACAGUAAAGAUGCUGAAGAGGAGGAGGAAGAAGACGAGGGAAAGACUGAGUCCAAGGUGCAGGCAGAAGAGGAAAAUGAGGAGGAUGACGACGACGACGAGGAAGACAAUGAUCAAUCCGAGGUCAUGAUCAAUUGGGAAGAAAUCCAUGCCACAGCGGUGGCUAAUUCAAACCAUGCGAAUGACUCCAUGGAGGUAUAA